AUGGCUCCCUCCACAUUCGCAUCCGCUGCCGCGGGCAGCAAUUCCACCGCCAACGCGACGCGUAACGACUCCAGCGGCGAAUGGUCAGUACACCCGCCCCUCUGCCCGCCACGCGACAUCUGCCCGCCUGCCGCGCCUCAAAUUCCCGCCCCAGAUCUGCCCGUCCCCGCUGUCGCCCCGAACCGCGCCGCUGACAUGCCCAGGGCUCGCCGCGCAAACGGCGCAACCCAGACCUUCCGCCGUCCCUCGCACGCCACAACCCUGUCCAACGCCGCCAGCAUCAACGCGUCAAGCCCUGGAGUCUACGUCCCACCGCACCGCAACGGCGCUGCUGCUACUGAAAGCCGAUACCCCAAGGAAUCCCUGCUUUCAUUGUUCCAUCAGGUACCGCUGGGGUCUGACGACGGGCUGGACGGGCUAUACGCGGGAGGCUGGGAGCCACAGUCUUCGAACGGCAUGUCUGGAGGCGCAUGGGGUAGGAGUCUUGAGCACGGCAAGGAGAACCCGCCUGGCCCUGAUGUAUGCUGGGAUCGAGAGGGGACAAUUCAACCGCUGGGCCUGACGGAGAUGACGGAGGAGGAGAAGGAGCACUUUCUUUCGUCCGUCAAUUCGCCGCUCAAGUUACCCAAUCAAAACGCCAACAAGGAUAACAACGUGAAGGAUGGCCUGGGCCGUAAGACCUCCGUCUCGCAGGUCAAUGGGCCAGGUAAUUACGGAUUAUCCUCCCCAACGACCAACCGCCCUGGCACGCGCCGACGCGAUACAGGAGAAGCGUAUCCUUUCCCUUCAGCAGGUUCACCGGCCACAACCAGGUUUACUCAAGAAUCUAACGCUGCUGUCCCUCCACCCGCACUUCUGCGCCGACGCACGGACUACAAGGAGCCCCCCGCAGGUUCGAGUAUUGGGCUGGAGGAGCGCGAUAAAGACAAGGCUCAAGGCGACGCUGGAAACCCUCCUUUUGGCUUGAAGCGGAGCGCUACUGGCCCUUUCAGCGCCGGUCUUUCUGGCCCGUCUUCCCCAUGGAGCGCUGGACCCCAGAGCGCUGGAUUCUCGCCCAUGGGCAGUUUCGGCAACUUUUCGCUUGCCGCGAACACCGGGCAGGCUUCCACGCCCACCGACAAAAGGCCUGGGCUGGCAGCUUUACGUGGUGAGAGUCGUUUCAAGGGUUUGAUGAACAAGGACAGUUCCGAGGACAUGCAGAAGACGUUGAGGGAGAGGGCGUCCAUGAACAGUCUGGGGAAGGUUCCUGAAAAUGAUCUGGGCAGGCAGACUCCUUCAUGGAUGGAAUCUCGUGCAAACCGUCCCAUGAGCAAUGAUACCGAUCCAUAUGUCGAUGAUGAUACCAUGCGCUCAGGAAGUGCCGCUCUCGGCGGUGGUCAAGACACCAGCCCUCCGCGUCGCCAAAUGACCGGCUUUGGCACCCCACAGAGGCAAGACUCCAGGGAUGAGGGUGGCUUUUCUGCCUUUGGCAUGACGACGGAUAACACGGGAUUCAGCAGCUUCCUCCAGAGCCGUGAUGCCUUCCAUCAUCAUACUCCUCAGCACCAAGGCAUCCAUGGACACGAACCUAUGAGCCCGACCGACACGAAUCCGUACCAAAGCCCCCAGCAGGAUAAGCACGAAUCCGAAGACAUUGAUACAGAUGGUUCCGACAUCCACAAUGCGACGCUGCCAGGGCUGGGUGGAUUCAUGAACGACCCUGCUGCUGCUUCCGGCAUGGCAUCUUUUGGUGGCAUUGGCAACAUUGGUCGCGUCUCUUCCGCCUAUGAGGCCGCUGCCAGUGACCGUAGCCAGACUUCGAGUGUUGGGCCGAAUAGGCCAUUUCCUUCGCUUGGGGGUAUUGGGGGAUUGCCGGGGCUGGGAGGCUCCUCAGCUUGGACUCCGUCUCAACCUGCAGUUGGCACUCCGAAUCGUGAGCGUUUCAACCCACCUUUCGGUGACAAUGCAUUCGGAUCUGUCGGCGAGAUGCAUUCGCCCAGCCUUGCGGGACUAGGACCGAACAGCCUCUACGGCGCUGGAUUUGGCCCUGGACUGACAGGUACUGGCUCGAUUGGCCGUGGCAGCAAGCUUGGGUCGCUCUUCCCAACUGCAAUGCAAGAGCAGAUGAGAUCCAGUGAGCAGAACAGGUUCGGUGGUGGAGAUGAUGGUUCUGCCGAGGGAGACCGUCAACCUGGUUCGUUUGCCAGGAACGCCUUUGGCGGUAGUGCCGGCCCUCACAGAGAGACUGAUAGCCCCUUCCGUGGCGGUCGCGGUGUCUUUGAUGAGAUGCUGGCCAACAGUCUCCGCACCGCCGAAGGGAACCCCAUGGAAGGCCUGGGCCAAUUCGGUUCUGCCAGCACUGCUGCCGCGCAAACGCCUACUCUCGCCACGACCCAACAGCAAGGACCCAUCGGAGCACAUGUCACUCAAGGUAUUCUUGGUCAGCCUCCGGCCGUCAGCAGCUCUGCGUCCAACCAGCCUCCAGCCGCCCAACAGCGUACUAUGGUCAUGCCUGACCGCAUGAGGUGGGUUUACCGUGACCCAUCGGGUAAGGCUCAAGGUCCUUGGACUGGUCUUGAGAUGCACGACUGGUUCAAGGCUGGCUUCUUCUCCCCAGAACUAUUGGUCAAGAAGGAAGAAGACCCGGAGUAUGAGCCGCUUGCUCAGCUCAUUCGUCGGAUCGGCAACUCUCGCGAACCGUUCCUUGUUCCUCAGAUCGGCAUUCCUCACGGCCCGCCAUCUACUCAGCCUGGAAACGCAUGGGCUAAUACUGGGCUUACUGCUGGUGCUCAGCCCCCGUUCCCGAACAGCUUCCCCAGCUUUGGCACCACCUUGACUGCUGAGCAACAGAAUGCUCUGGAGCGUCGCAAGCAGGAAGAGCAAUACCUCAUGGCGCGCCAGAAGGAGCACCUUGCCCAGCAACAGGUACUCGUCAAACAGAUGCAGUUGGGCAUGCACCCGCACUCACUUAACCACCACUCCAGUGCCCACAGCUUGCACAGCCAGCCCAGUUUUGGUAGCAUUGCUUCUCCUGGUGGCUACCAGCCGUCGCCUACCCAAGCGUCUAUGCCGGGGAUGGCCGGUUUCUUCGACAAUUCCUUUCGUCCCGGCCCGGCCACUGGUUUAUCGCCGAUCGGUGCCGGGAUGGAAGGCCUAGGAAACUCAAGAGAGGAUUUGCCAGCCAUGUUGGACCGCAUGAACCUUGGCCGACCUGGCCAGGUGCCUUUCGGUGCCGCUCCUGGCUCGUUCGGCUCCCCGCAGCAAGAUGGUACUCACGCUCAGCAGGUUGCGAACAUGCUGAACGAUCGAACUCGUCUUCAACAUGAGCAGAAUGAGCAUGAUGCUCAAAUCAAAGACGAUGAAGGUCAUAUGGCACAGCAGUCUGCCGACCGUCUUCAGCAAUUCAAGGAUCUCCGGGACGAGCUUGACAGGGAAGCGAACGCGGCCGCUGCUGAAUCUGGCGCCGAUGUCGCCGACCAACAAGAGUUUCAACAGUCUUUCGGGGAAGAUGCGAGGGAGGAGCCGUCUACUCCUGCUCAAACUGCUGCUCAGACCGUCAAGGGGACUGAAACUCCGUCAAAGCCUUCCGAGCCGUUGUCCCUGACUGAGCAGGUCAAGGCUGCCUCGGCUAAGCAGACUCCGGUCCCUCAAUCUCCAUGGGCUAAGGUGGACACCUCUAUGCCGAUGCCCUUCCCUCCACCCCAGUCUGGAUCUCCUCUCCCAGCGCCAGCUGCGCAGAGAAAGCAGAACCUGGCCGACGCACUGCACCAGGAGACUCGCUCUCGUUCCCAGACCCCUUCGGUCGACACUCCUAGCGCUUCCAUUGCCCCUUGGGCUAAGGAAACUGUAGAGGCGCCGAAGGGCCCCUCUCUCAAGGAGAUUCAAGAGGCAGAGGCUAAGCAACGCGAGGAAGCCGAAGCCGCUGCUCAGGCAGCCCGUGCUGAGGCCCAGCGCAGAGAGUUGCUUGCUUUGGCUGAACAGGCACAGCCACAGCCUAGCCUUCCCUCGAGCGCCACCUGGGCCAGUAACGCGUCGCCAGUCAAUGCGCCUGGCACACCUUCUGCUUGGGCCAAGGCUACAGCCACCAAGGCUCCUAGUUCUACCGGUCCUGCCAAGAAGACACUGCAGCAGAUCCAGAAGGAAGAGGAGGCCCGUAAGCAGAAGGCCGCUGCGGCCGCUGCUGCCAGUGCUGCCAGUGCUGCUAGCGCUGCCGCGACUACUGCCAGUCUGUCCCAGGCCGUGAGCGGAGGCAAGCGCUAUGCCGACCUCGCGAGCAAACAGACUCCGAUCGCGACCAACGCUCCUGGUGGCGCCUGGACUACUGUGGGUGCGAGUGGAAAGAUCAAGACGCCUGCUCCCGCUGCCCCUGCUUCUCCGGCCGGGACGCGCACAGCCAGUGUUGGAAGCGUUUCGGCUCCCAAGCCCAAGCCGGCUGCCCCCACCCGUGCCCCUACUCAGCCUACCCCCACAACCGGCACUCCCGACGCCACGGCAGAGUUCAAGAAGUGGGCUGCAAAUGAGCUCAGGAACGACCUCAUCAAGGGCACUGACGCCGAUGAGUUCGUUAGCAACAUGCUUAGCUUCCCCAGCGAGCUCGACAUUGUCACGGAGGCGGUCCACUCGGUGUCUCAGACGAUUGAUUCCCGCCAUUUCGCCCAGGAGUUCAUUCGCCGCCGCAAGCUCGCCGACAAGGGCAUCAUCGAGAACUCGGGCACUUCCAGCCCCGGCCCGGCCAACGGCUCUGGUGGCUGGAGCGAGGUCGCGAAGAAGGGCUCUGGCACCAGCACGGCUCAGGCCGGUGCGGCGAAGGAGGAUCUUGCUUUCAAGGUUGUCGCUGCGAAGAAGAAAGGCAGCAGGAAGUAG